AUGGAGAACAAUGGUAAGGAGCCACUUCUUUCCCCCAGAGAAGAAAACCAAGCAACAGACCGCCAGCAGUCCCAAGACUACCUUCGGAGACCAUCAAACCUUUCUUUCGCUUCAUCCUUCGUAGCAGAUGCCGACGACAUCGCUCCGAUCACCGGAGUUCGAGAUUUCUUCAGAGAAUUCUGGGUCGAGUCCAGAAAGCUCUGGUACCUCGCCGGUCCGGCCAUCUUCACUUCCAUUUGCCAAUACUCCCUCGGCGCCAUCACUCAAACCUUCGCCGGCCAUGUUGGUACUCUUGAACUCGCUGCCGUCUCCAUCGAAAACUCCGUCAUUGCCGGAUUCUCCUUCGGCAUCAUGCUUGGCAUGGGAAGUGCACUAGAGACGCUAUGUGGACAAGCAUACGGAGCUGGGCAGUUAGAUAUGUUAGGGGUAUACAUGCAGAGAUCAUGGGUUAUACUCAACAGCACAGCCUUUAUACUCAUGUUCUUCUAUAUCUUCGCGACGCCAUUAUUGAAGCUCAUCGGGCAGACGGAGGAGAUAUCGAACGCGGCAGGGCAGCUGGCGGUGUGGAUGAUACCACAGCUCUAUGCCUACGCCGUCAAUUUUCCGAUCGCAAAGUUUCUGCAGGCACAGAGCAAGAUUAUGGCGAUGGCGUGGAUAUCGGCGGUGGGUUUUGUGCUGCACACUUUUUUCAGCUGGUUGUUGAUGCUGAAAUUGGGGUUGGGACUUGGCGGCGGAGCGGUGGUGCUGAAUGCGUCUUGGUGGUUCAUAGUGUUGGCGCAAAUGGUUUAUAUUUUUAGUGGGACAUGUGGUCGAGCUUGGUCUGGGUUUUCCUGGAAGGCCUUUCACAAUCUUUGGGGUUUUGUCAAGUUGUCCCUGGCUUCAGCUGUGAUGCUUUGCUUAGAAACGUGGUAUUUUAUGGCUUUGGUCCUUUUUGCUGGAUAUUUGAAGAAUGCACAAGUAGCUGUGGAUGCACUGUCCAUAUGCACAAACAUAGUGGGCUGGGGAGUGAUGGUAGCCAUUGGAUGCAAUGCAGCUAUAAGUGUAAGGGUAUCAAAUGAACUAGGGGCGGCGCACCCAAGAACGGCGAAAUUUUCAGUUGCAGUGGUGGUGAUUUCUUCAUUUUUCAUCGGUCUCUUGCUCUCCCUCAUUCUCAUCAUCUUCCGAAAGCAGUAUCCAUCCCUAUUUUCUGACAGUGAAGAAGUCAAAAACCUUGUGUAUACCCUCACGCCAUUGCUAGCGCUAUGCGUUGUCAUCAACAAUAUUCAACCAGCUCUCUCAGGGGUGGCUAUUGGAGCUGGGUGGCAAGCUGUUGUUGCCUAUGUGAAUAUUGGAUGCUACUAUAUAUUUGGUAUUCCUUUGGGUCUUUUAAUGGGUUACAAACUCGACAUGGGCGUUAUUGGUAUCUGGUCUGGCAUGUUAACAGGGACAGUGAUACAAACCCUAAUCCUGUUUUGGAUAGUUUAUAGAACCAACUGGAAUAAAGAGGCUUCUAUUGCUGGACAGAGAAUCAAACACUGGGGAGGGGACCCAGAUGCUAAACAAAAUGAUUUAGAGAAAUAAGCCAUCCCCAAGCAAGGAGAGGAUCCGGAUUCGUUCUGAUUUUUUUCCUUUAAAUUUUGUUGCUUAAUAUAUCAGGUAUGUAUAAUAAUCAUAUACAAUAUAGGAAAAUGCUAUGCUUAUCAAAAAAUUUUAUCAAAU